GUAAGAACAUCUUUCCCUGAGUUAUUCAAGACCAGGAGCCAGUAUAUCUCUGUGGCAUCUCCUGGACCUGGCCUGCUUGGAGUGAAAACGCAGUAUGUCUGAACGAACAGCUGCUGUGAAAAGGAGCAGAAGAAAAUGUCAAGUGAGACCUUGUGUAAAUCCAUCUGAUGGACACACUGUAAAUAACCCUGACAAUGUGAAGACAAACUCUUCAUUUCACAGUGUGUGUGCUGGUGAAGAUUUGCUUGCUGACAGCAAAGACAAUGGAGUUCUUUAUCUAAAUCCUCAAACACCAAACUGGUGUCUUGUGGAGAGGUUUUCUGAACUUUCACCAGCAGAAGAUGUAAAGAUGUCCGGGAAGCAAGUCCACAGGGUUGCCAUGGCACCACGUUCCAAACAUGCUGAGACCAAAAACAAACAUAAUGGUUUGGCAGAUGCUUUAAAGGAGAAGGAGAUAAACUCUGUCCAACACGUAACAAAACAAAACAAGGACUCAGACCAACUGAGGACAGCUAAUCUGAAAGAGCUAGAUCCUGAGGAAUACUCUCCUAGUGAGGAUGGAAAAGGGACCAAAAAGAGACUCAGAAAAACCCAGUCGGCAAAUAAUUCACCUAAAAAAUGUAAAGACGAUAAAGCUCCACGACUUUUGGCUGCAAUGAAAAGACGAAGUGCAGUGGACACUGAAGACCGACCUUUCAAAUGCACACACUGCCACUGGGCUUUCAAGAAACUCUGCAACCUCCAGAGCCACUUGCAAACACACUCUGGCCUCAAGCCACAUGUGUGUGACAUAUGUGGCAAGGCUUACUCACAUCAGGGCACUCUGCAACAGCACAAGCGUCUGCAUACUGGGGAAAGGCCCUAUCACUGUCCCUUCUGUGACAAAACAUACAUCUGGUCCUCAGAUUACCGCAAGCACAUCCGCACACACACCGGCGAGAAGCCCUACAUCUGUGACACAUGCGGCAAGGAUUUUAUCCGCUCCUCCGACCUGAGGAAGCACGAGCGGAACAUGCACACCAACAACAAGCCUUUCCCAUGCACGCACUGCGGCAAGACCUUCAACAAACCUCUCUCCCUGAAGCGCCAUGAGCGCAAGCACCUUGGAGAAAGGCCCUUCUCCUGUCCAGACUGCGGCAAAGCAUUCGCUCUAGCCAGCCGUAUGGCCGAGCACCAGAAGGUCCACAUGGGAGUGCGUCCGUUUGUUUGCUCCGUGUGCUCCAAGUGCUUCACAAAGUCCUCCAAUCUAACGGAGCACAAAGCCAUUCACAGUGGAGUGCGGCCUCAUAAGUGUGGAGAGUGUGGCGUGGCGUUCGCCAUGGCCUCCCGUCUGGUUCGCCACCAGUUCAUUCACAAUAACCAGAAGCCGUAUGGCUGCACGGGCUGUGGCAAGAACUUCAGCCACCUCACGCAGCUGAAGCUCCACCAGGAGCAAACCUGUGCCGGCAGGAUCUUUGUCUGUGUAGAGUGUGACAAGUCUUUCCAGUGUGCCACAAAGCUUGCACAGCAUGUGGCGGAACACACAGAGAAAAAAAUGUGACCCCAAUAAACAGGGUAUGAUGUUUAACCAAUAUAUCAGAAAUCUUCAUUCAGUACAGGAGAGCAUUGUUAGAUUAAAUGUAUUUAAUAAUUUAGAGAAAUGUAGAAAACGGUCCUACAUGAGGGUAGGUUACACAAAAUAAUGUCUGACAGACAUAAUUUGUUUUACCUGCGUUUCCCAAAAUCAGAUCAGGAAAUAUAGAAAGCAUUUCUCAAAAAAUGAUUCCAUUAAUGAAUGGGAGAAAAGACCAAGGAUUCCUGGCCCUGUAAGAAAAUGUAAUGAGUGGAAAAUUGAAAUUUGGCAAUGAAUUUUAAAAUGACUGUGGUGGAAUUUUGGCACAGCUUUCUUUUCAAAAUUGUUUUUAUUGGUGUACUUUGGAUCAUUGUACAAGUAUGCUUGAACUUAAGAUCACCUGGUAGCUGGAUGUUCUCUUACAGUAUUUUUAGUUUGAGAGUCUAAUUCCAGGUUCAGUCAAAUACAACAUGUUGUCCAGGACCUGAAGCAGCAAAGCAGAACUUCAUACAUUCCAAAAAGUUCCACUUUUGCCUUUUACAGCUCAUACAAUAUUUCAUUAAAGUCUUGGGGCUUAUGAAAGUGUCUUAUGGGAAAUGUCAGGCCUGUGUUUUGUUUAGGUCAAGCCUGACUAAUGCCACUGAUUUUGUUUCUCCAGCGUUCUUGAACUUUUGAUUGACCAAAGCCAAUUGGUAGAAUUGACCUACUUUUUUAUAACUUUGAUUCUUUAUCUUGUUGUCAGACAGAUUCUAUUUAAGAGAUUCUUCAAGUCUGGAAGAAAUAAAGAUAGAGGAAUUGAACAAAAAUUUAAUCACCAUUUAACAAAUAAGAACAUUACCUUUAAACUGGGCCAGGUGGAUUUGGGUUACUCUUCCCCUUAAUAAUGGAAAUCAUUUGAAAACUGCUUUUUGUAUUUACUGUUGGAUUUUUAUUUUUUUUAUUAUUUUUUAUGAUGAUCUGAAACAUUCAAGUUGGAAAAAAAAGAGAGUACUUUGAAAAAAGGUAAGGACAAAUACUUUUUCACAGUACUGCAAAUAAUUAGAUUGUAUUUAUAAUCACAAAUAGAUCAAAAUUAAAACCUUACACACUCCUCCCCCGGUGGGGGUGGGUUCGCAUCAGGGCUGAAAUUUUCCACCAACACAGCUCUGAUAUUGGAGCUGGCAGUGAUGUGAAACCGCUUACGGACGUGUUAGGCUGUUAUUUAUGUGAGAAUACACAUGUAACUGAUAAUACGCACAACUUUUUCUCUCUGCAUAUUGGCUCACAAAUAAAGUAGUGUCAGCUGAUGAA